AAGAAUGCUUCUUUUUGUAAUUUUGUUGUGGUGUUAAAGCAUUGUCCGAAGCAUUCAUACUAUAAGACUUAGUGUGCGCACGAUCAACACCUUAAAACUGUGAAAUUUAAAAAAGAACCAUUCAAUUCUUAUAAUUAUAUUUUUAUGUCAAAACCGUUAUAUCAAAUUAUUCUAGUCUUUUCCUUUGCAUCGCUGGGACGUUGUAACGGGAAGCACGUCUUUUCAUGAAUUUUGCAUUUUAUUGGGAAACCAUAUCUAAUUUUCAAAUGCCUCUCGAUUGUUGUCGGUUAAUCAAAAGUAUGGAUUCUUAUGGAACAUACAUGUAAUGUAAUGUAAAUAUCGUCAAUAAAUCAAUUGGUGCGAGUCUGUUGCAGCUAUCCAUCCAUAAAACAGAUGAUAUCUGAACAAUAAUUAAAUUUUGUUUUUGCCUGAAGCAUUUUGAACUACAGACUUAACUAUACAGGUCCAACAGAUAAAUAUUUUCAUCAAAUGGAGAAGGUAUUCCGACAUUUCCGCCAGUGUUUGGUAUUAUGGACUGGCCUAUUGUUGGCGUCUGAAUGUCUCGGUUAUGAUUUAGAGGAAGCUCUAGAAGAAAUUGAAUCCAGAUCAGAUUAUCAGCUCAGAGGUAAUGGACCUACAUUCAUCAGAUGGGGUCGUUCUGAGUGUCCACCUACGAGCGAAAAGGUUUAUAGCGGUUACAUGGCUGGACCAAAACAUAAUUUCGGUGGAUCUGGAUCCAAUUAUCUCUGUUUACCAACCAACCCGGAGUGGGGUGACUACUCUGAAGCAUUUAACAGCAAAAGAGCUGUCCUAGUUGGUGUGGAGAUGGAAACCAGUUCUGGCAAACCCUUCCCUUCGUAUUUGCAAGAUCAUGAUUCCACUUGUGUCGUCUGCCAGACCAUUAACAGUAAAUCGAUUCUAAUGGUUCCAGCACGGCUUACGUGUCCACAAGGGUGGACGAGUCAGUAUAAUGGCUACCUCAUGUCAGAAAUGUCCACAUCGAACAGAAAAAGAUCUGAAUACAUCUGUUAUGAUGGUUCGCCAGUCCAAAUCCCAGGCUCUAGUGCUAAAGAUAACCAGGCUAGGAUUGCACCUGUAGAAGUAGUAUGCGGCUCUCUGGAUUGUUCCAAGUAUUUCAGUGGUCGAGAACUGACUUGUGUAGUGUGUUCUAGGUAGAAAGGAUUUUUUUUGGCAUUAAGAAAAUCAAUCCAAUGUUAGCAAACUUUUUUUCAAAUUUGUUGAUAUCUGCCUGUAUGUGUUUCUUUUAUAUAGACCCACAAUGUACAAACUAAUUAUGGUUAUAAUUUAAAUAAAAAAUAAAAUGCU